CCCCCUAGUUUUAGAUUCUCCCACAAGAGGAAUCGUCCCCUCCACAUCCACCCUGUCAAGACCCUGCCGCUGCUGCCACCCGCCCGCCCUCCCUUGCCCUGGAUUGAGGAGCCGUCUCACUCCUGGAUUUGAGGCCAAACCAGAAACUGGAGAUGCAGCGAAUGGAGCCAAAUCCUCUCAGAGAGUGACGGUCCCAAAAACCCCUGGGGAGCUCAGUCUUCCCUGGACAGCUUCUUCACAAGCCCCGUCAUGAAGGAGAGAGAGAUGCCGGGUGUUGGCAGUAAGCGUCCUGCAGCAGAGGCUCCGUCCACGGGGCCUCCUGAAAAGUCAGCCAACCUGGAGGAGACUGCCGGGAGUUCGGGUGCCAAGGUGGAGACCAUCAAGCUGGGGAGUGACACCUCCACGGAGGAGCUUGACAUCCGGACUCUCCAGACUAAAAACCGGAAGCUUGCUGAGGUGAUCGAUCAGCGACAGAGCAUUGAGGAUGAGCUGAGGGAGCAAAUCGAGAAGCUGGUGAAACGGCAAGCGACAGACGAUGCCAACCUCCUCAUCCUGAACCGCUACUGGUGCCAGUUUGAUGAGAAUGUGCGGAUUAUCUUGCGGCGUUGGGAUCUGGAGCAGGAACAAGAGAGCCGGGAUGUGCUGCCUGAGAAGAAGAUGCUGGUCGUGUCUGAUCCAGAGCCAGAUUCUGACAGCAACCAAGAGCGGGAACGCCGGGAGGAGAGAGAGAAAGGGUCCAGGGAUGGACAGAGUGAGAGCGCGCUGCCAUUCUUGGCUAUGCUGGCCAGCAGCACCAGCGAGGAGAUGGAGCUGCAGCUCCAGGAGCGGGUCAUGUUCUCCAGACUGGCCGUGUCCAGCACAGUCGACGUCUUCGAGAAGCUGAGGUUCAGGAUCAACCAGCUGGUCGAGUGGGUCACCAGCAAGGGUUCGCCCCAGCUGGAAGAGGCAUUGAGGGAGCUGAACUCACUCCUGUUGAGGGAGAACCAGAGGCUGCUGGAGCUGACCGACUUCCUCCGAGAGAAACAUCGUAAAAUGUCACAGGAGUUCUCAGAGCUCCAGACGAAGCUAGAGGAGGCAGAGAGCCGCCUGUCGGACAUGCAGACCACAAUCGAGGAUCUGCAGUGGGACACGGACAAGAUUCGCAAACGGGAGCAGAGACUCAACAGGCACCUGGCGGAGGUGCUGGAGCGGGUGAAAUCGAAAGGUUACAAGGUUUAUGGGGGAUCGAGUAAUCUCUAUGGUGGGACAGUGACAAUCAACGCGAGGAAGUUUGAAGAGAUGAACUCUGACCUGGAAGAGAACAAGGAGCUGGCACUGAACCGUCUCUCGGAACUGGAGAAGAUGCGACAAGAUCUCCAGCUGGUUACCGGGGACAACGAGAAACUGAGGGAGCAGCUGAAGACUCUUGCCAAUGAGAUGGCGAAGGAUUCCCCGGAGUUUCGCUGCCUACAAUCCCAGUUCUCCGUGCUUUACAACGAGAGCCUGCAGCUGAAGGCCCAGAUGGACGAUGCUCGCAACCUGCUCUUUGCCACCCGAACCACACACCAGCGCCAAGUGGAGCAGAUGGAGGGGGAUGAGGUGGGUCUGCAGAAGAAGCUGAGGACGGAGGUGAUGCAGCUGGAGGACACGCUGGCCCAGGUCCGUAAGGAAUAUGAAAUGCUGCGAAUUGAAUUCGAGCAAACGCUGGCCGCCAAUGAACAAGCAGGGCCCAUCAACCGGGAAAUGCGUCACCUGAUCAGCAGUCUCCAGAACCACAACCACCAGCUGAAGGGGGAUGUGCAGCGUUAUAAACGUCGACUCCGGGACAGCCACACAGAGCUGGCCAAGGUGCGCAGGAAAGUCUGGGAGAUGCACAGUGACCUGGGCAUGGUCCGAUCACGGGGAGCCAGCGGAUCACAGCUUCAGGCCGGAGCUGAGCCGGUCAAGGAGGAACCUCCGGAGGUCAAGCAGGAGCCUGAGGAAGCCGGCAGCAAGAGGGAGAAAGAGGAGGCUGAGGCAGCCAAGGCCAGAAAACAGCAGCAAGAGGAGGAGAAAGAAAAAGAGCGGGAGCGAGAGAGACGGGAGAAGGAGAGGGAGAGGGCCAGGGAAAAGGGGAGAGAGAAAGAGGCAGAGAAGGAGCGAGAGAAGGACAAGGCAGAGAAGGAGAGAGAGAGGAGCAAACCUGAAGAUGCCAAGAAGAAGGAGGCGGAGAUGGUCAAACAGCUCCGAGGGGAACUGAAGAGAGCUCAGGAGAGCCAGAAGGAGAUGAAACUCUUGUUGGACAUGUACCGCUCAUCACCAAAGGAGCAGCGAGACAAAGUUCAACUGAUGGCGUCGGAGAAGAGGGUGAAAGCGGAGUUGGACAACCUGAGGCAGCGUUUGAGGGAACUGGAGGAGAAGGAGAGACACGAGGGGAAGAAGAUGGCAGACGUAGAGGCGCUGCGUCGGAUGAAGCUGGUGGAUGAGCAGAUGGAGCACAUGCUCAAAAAAGUUGCCAUGGCCAAGCAGGAGGAGGAAGCUCUCCUGUCGGAGAUGGAUGUGACAGGCCAGGCAUUUGAGGACAUGCAAGAACAGAAUAUCCGCCUGAUGCAGCAGCUUCGAGAGAAGGAUGACGCCAACUUCAAGCUGAUGUCUGAGCGAAUCAAAUCUAACCAGAUCCACAAACUGCUGAAGGAAGAGAAGGAGGAGCUGGGAGACCAAGUCUUGACCUUAAAAACCCAGGUGGAUGCGCAGCUCCAGGUUGUGAAGAAGUUAGAGGAAAAGGAACAGUUACUACAGACUAACCUCACGGCCAUGGAAAAGGAGCUGUCACUUCGCACCCAGACCCUAGACAUGCACAAACGCAAGGCAGUGGAAGCUGCUCAGCUCGCUGAGGAUCUGAAGGUGCAGGUCGAGGCGGAUCAGAAGAAAUUGUCGGAGGUUCAGAACAACAUCAUCGAGGGCAGCGUGGCCCGAGAGAAAGAAACCUUCAACUACAAGCGAGCACAGGAAGACAUCUCGAAACUGCGUCGCAAGCUGGAGCGACAGAAGAAGCCAGAAAUGUUCACCAACUGUGACGAGAUCCUGAUGGAAGAGAUCAAAGAUUACAAGGCCAAGCUGACCUGUCCCUGCUGUAACAUGAGGAAGAAGGACGCCGUGCUGACCAAGUGUUUCCACGUUUUCUGCUUCGAAUGCGUCAAGACCCGUUACGACACACGACAGCGCAAGUGCCCCAAGUGCAACGCUGCAUUCGGGGCCAAUGACUUCCACCGGAUCUACAUCGGCUGAGAGGCCACUCCCCCCCCCCACCCACACCCCCAGCCCCUCAGGUGAGCAGAGCAGGGAGGGGGCGGCAUUACCAGGGAGCACGGCUCCCAACAUCAAGGUCAGCUUCCAUGACCGCUUCCUCUGUCCCUUCUCCGCACGGCUCCUGUUCCCCCUACCCCGAAGUCCCAUCACCACGGCCCCAGUGAAGGACGCCAUUGCUAGAGGUGAUGGCGAUGGUUUGUAAGUUUCUUUGUUUGCAACGUUGGAGUUCAGAAUAAACGUGUGGAUUGGGAA